UGCGUGUGUGUGUGUUUGGUUGUUUCUAAGAUGGCGGAAGGAAAAACGCGUCUUAUGUGAAAAAAAUGCAAAUCCAAUCAUAACAACUAAUAUUAAAUGUUAAUUAAAUGUGCGCUAAUCCUAAAUAAAACAAUUGCAAAACAGUGCUAAACAAGUGCCGAAUAUUUUACAUGUGAAGGUUUGGUGCAAGGUGUAGUGAAAAUGGCCACAAAUAUGUAUCGAGUCGGAGACUAUGUCUACGUUGAGACGACGCCGAAUUGUCCCUAUCUGAUAGGCCGCAUCGAGGAAUUAAAUAAAAACCAACUCGGCAAUGUGGAAGCAAAGGUCCAAUGCUUCUAUCGGCGUCGUGAUCUGCCCAAUCCGCUGGUACAGCUGGCCGACAAGCAUCAACUGGCAACUGCCGAGGACUCACCGCUGGCGACGAAACUGAAGAAAACCUGGCUUAGAACACCCGUGAGCGAGGAGCAGGCGGCGCAAGCUGUGCUUGAUCCCUCAAUAGCUGCCCUCGAUGAGGAACGCACUAGUCCGACGAACCAAACAGGUAGCAGCGGUAGUGCGGCUAGUGGUGGCAAUUCUGGCGGCAAUAGUAACACCGGCUCUAACAACAACAACAACAACACCAACAAUAGCAACAGUAAUAGUAGUAGCACCGGCACUGGAAGUGGCGGCACUAGCAGUGGAAUCGGUGAUACUGAAAAGGGUGAAGCUUUAACCAGCAAACAACGCUAUCAGAUCAAGCAUCGCGAACUGUUCCUGUCGCGUCAAGUUGAAUUCAUACCCGCCACACAGAUACGAGGCAAAUGUUCAGUGACCCUGCUCAACGAAACGGAAUCACUGCAGAGCUAUCUGAAUAAAGACGACACAUUCUUCUAUUGUUUGGUUUUUGAUCCGAAUCAAAAAACGCUGCUCGCCGACAAGGGUGAGAUACGCGUCGGCAGUCGUUAUCAGUGUGAUAUACCCGCUAAGCUAAAAGACAUCACCACGGAUGAGCGAAAGCUAGAGGAAUUGGAGUCGUUGGUAUGGACACCGGAGCAUAGUUUGACCGAUCGCAAGAUUGAUCAAUUUCUGGUUGUCUCGCGAUCCAUUGGCACCUUUGCUCGCGCCCUUGACUGCAGCAGCUCGGUAAAGCAACCCUCUUUGCAUAUGUCAGCAGCAGCCGCAAGUCGGGAUAUAACACUGUUUCACGCAAUGAAUAUAUUGCACAAGCAUGAAUAUUCAAUUGAGGAGUCAAUGUCCUCAUUAGUUCCUUCCACUGGGCCGGUGCUCUGUCGCGAUGAAAUCGAAGAUUGGAGUGCGUCGGAGGCAAACCUGUUUGAGGAGGCACUCGACAAAUAUGGAAAAGAUUUCAAUGAUAUACGACAAGAUUUCCUUCCAUGGAAAACGCUUAAACAGAUCAUAGAGUACUACUAUAUGUGGAAGACAACCGAUCGUUAUGUACAACAGAAGCGCGUUAAGGCCGUUGAGGCGGAACUUAAGCUUAAACAGGUCUUUAUACCGCAAUACAAUAACACAGGUGUCAAAGGCAAUGGUGCGAAUGCUAAGGUGGGCAGUUCAAGCACUGGCAACAUCUAUAAUGGUACCACCAAUGGAGGUACUGAUUUAUCCAACAGUGGUAAACCCUGCGAAUCAUGUGGAACAACAAAAUCAUUACAGUGGAACUCUGUUAAUAACGGGCAUUUGACGUGUCGUUUGUGUCAGAAUUGUUGGGAUUACUGGAGAAAGUAUGGCAGUAUGAAAUCGGCACACAAGGGCGAUAUAAAUGAUGGCGAAGCUAAGAAAAAGGGAGCCCUACCGGUGGCCACAACACCAACACCAACUGCAGCAGCCGCCACAACACCCACCGCAGUCGUUGAUCUUAAUGAUGAGGACAAAAUCAGUGAUCUAACCAAUCGUCAAUUGCAUAGAUGUUCCAUUGUCAAUUGUGGCAAGGAAUUCAAGCUGAAGAGCCAUUUCGCGCGGCAUUAUGCCCAAGCGCAUGGUAUCGCUAUCAGCUCUAGUUCACCCCGGCCCAUUAUGAAGACGCGCACGGCUUUCUAUUUGCACACGAAUCCCAUGACGAGAGUUGCGCGCGUUAUAUGUCGCAGCAUUGUGAAACCCAAAAAGGCGGCGCGGCAAAGUGCAUAUGCCGUCAAUGCCCUACUGGUCAAACAGGAAUUUACGAAUCGUAUUAGCGGUAAAUCGCAGGCAGAGAUUAAGAAAAUGCUCUUGCUCAAAUCGAAGGAUCGUGGAAGCGUCACCAAAAUUGCCAAUCGGUUGGGUGCACCUGGCAACGGUCCACAUGAAUGGCUGGUGCUUACGCCAAAGGAUAAAAUUCCACAGCCCCUCGUUGUCUCAUUCCCUAAGCCGCCCAAAGCACCCGAUGGCAGUUUAGUCUACGAUCGUGUGCCAAACAAAUCACCCGAUGUUGUGGCAGUGACAGUUGAAAAAGAGCUGUCGAUAAUUCCAACGCAAGCCACAUCUACGAUACGGAAGCGUGCACAUGAAGAACAACCACUGAAUGGCACAGAGGUAACCAUAGUGCCCAGCGGUCCGCCAGCAAAGCGGCCCAACAAGGAUCCGAUGCCCUCGCAUUGUCCCAGCCCUGAACAAUUUGCUGCUAUGAUGGCGGCAUCAGGUCAACCGCUUUCCAGACAUCAUCUCAAUGGCAAACAAAAGAUUGCGCAAAUGGCUCGUGGUGGAAAUGGUAGAAAACAGGUGAUCAGUUGGAUGGAUGCACCAGAUGAUGUAUAUUUUAGAGCCAACGAAGCACACAAGAAAACGCGAAAAAUACUCCCAGCUGUGGAUUUGCGUCGGGCAGCACGCAAACCAUGGCGAACACUGCCUAUUCAGCCUAUGGCUCCUGAGCCAAGUAAAAGGCCUAUUGAAUCACAAAUCGUUAUACUGGACUGACCGUCGCCGGCACACAACACCACAUAUGCAACAACAGCCACAGCAGCUAAAAAGUUGUUGUCGUCUUCAGCAAACAGAUUCGAGCAGCAGCAACCUCCAUUUCCAUAUACCAUGGAUGCACUGCUUAAUAAGUGACCAGAUUUUGGUUUUAAUGGCUUGCCAUGUACAUAAAUUCUCCUUCUUCCUCCUCCCAUACACACACACACACACACAUGCAUUACACAAACACACACACUCACCCACUACAUAUAUAUACAUACAUUUUAUCUUAAGUGUAGGCAACAGAAAUACAGCAUCACUGUAAAGCAUUGGUAUUUGUGGCAAUUGAUCACCAAUCAAAAGCAACAGCAAAAGCAAACGCAAAUGAAGGGAAAAACCACUUUACUAGCGCCUAAAUAGAUGUCUUUUUUAAAACAAAACACAAAUAGUAAGAUAAUAAGUGUUAAGUAACAGUAACGGUAAGCAAGAAAAAAGUGAAACAACAAAUAUUUAUAAAUAUUUUAUAUUUUUUUAAACUUCAAAUCUCAAUAUACCCCAAAAAAAAAAAAAGAAAAAAUAGCUACACUGCAUGAAACUUAAGAAAUCCUAUUUAUGUUUUAGGAAUACACAUUGUUUCAUUUUUUCAGCAUGUAUGUAUAUGUAUUGUUUCAGUUUAGCCUAGAUAUAUAUUCUUUUAAUUUGUUUCAUCUCUCUAAAACAAAAACCUAGCGAAAAACCAGAUACGUAAAUUUGAAAUUUAAAGGCCUCUGCAAUUUUAAAAUAUUUUUCGCUUCAAAAAUUUGGAAUUUCUAAUUAACAGACGAAAAAAGUUUUUAAAAUUGUUUAAAUUUCUUUAAAAAGAAAAAAAGAACACAAUAAAUGUAAAAGCAAAAUCAAGAUCUAAAAUUGUUACUAAUAUUUGACACGUGCAAGUUUAUUUAAAAAAAAAAUAAAAAAAAAAAUACUAAACUAUUGUUGUACAGUCAAUGGAAUAAAAUUAUUAUUCGAAUAAAAUGUAUUUUCAUAAUUUAUAUAAAAACCAUCGAUGCAAAAUAACCACUAACACAUACACACAGCAAAAAUGCCCAAGCAUAUAAUGUAUUAUAUAUUUAUGCAUAUAUAAGUAAAUAUAUAUUUGUGUGUAUGUACGGAAAACUAAACUUCAUUAUAUACAUUCAAAAAUGUACGCAUCAAAACAAAAGAAAUGUGUAGAUGUAGAGCAGCCAGACAAGCAGCAGCAAUAAUAACAUCAAUUUAAACAGAAAAACAAAACCCCAACAACAAAAAGGAACAUAUUUAAAAUAUAAGUAAAUUCUAUUUGUAAGCCCAAUACUUUUAAUUUUAUACGUUAAGUAAUUUUGUAAAAUAAAUGAACUCUUCAAAUUAAAAGGUUUAGUUAAGCAAAAAACAGAAAAAUGGAAAGAAAGCUGCUACUAAAUGUCAUACAAAACACUAUCCCCUAACCGGCAGCGGCAGCAAAACAAGUGCAACUUGAAAUCACAAAUGUUUCAAAAAUCGUUAGAAUCUUUUUGCAUCGAUAUCAAGAUGCGGAUAGAUAGCUAGCCAUAUAGAGAGGAAGACAAGCAACAGAAGCAAAUCAAACAGAGCUAUAUACAUAAUUAUAUACCUAUAUAUAAAUAUAUUCAAAUAUAUAUUAUAUACAGAUAUACAAUAUAACAGUAAUUAAUUUUGCCAAUUGCAUAACGCAAUUGGCAUUCAACAUUUUUACAAAGCCAACAACCGAUGACAAAGACAGAACAUAUAUAGUGUGAGAGACAAGCAACAGAAAAAGUUUUCCAAAUAAAGUUUUAAAACUAAACAUUUUUCCUAAAAA